CUACCUUGUCGUGACAUGGGUCAGAGACUAAGUGACCCUGUCCCUGAGGUAUCCCAUAGGGAGAAACCAAAGGAGACACAGGAACAUAAAGGUAAACCCAAGGAGAAGAGGAUCCCUCAAGCCCUGACCUUUCUUCAGCUGUUUACACUGCUGAGCUGCGUCAAUGUGAAGAAAACAACCUUUGAUCCCUCCCAGAGUGGUGAUGGGAGAAAGGGAACAACGAUAAACGAUACAAACAACAAUAAUGACUCUGAAACUGGUGACGUGAAAAGGAUCAAGGACAAGAGUAAAGGAAAGGUUGGAGGAGAGAAACAUAGCAUUGAAUCUCAGGACCACAAAUGCAGAACGACACAGGAAAAAGAAAAAGACAUUAAACAAAGACCUAACUCGGUCUCCCCUGAGGAGCAAGCAAAGGAGACCCAGCAGAAAGAGAAGAAGAAGAGCAUCCAUCCAGCUGUGGCGGCCCUGCAGCUGUUCACUCUCUUCUGCUGUGGUGGGAAAGUCAAGCUGAGGAAGGACCAGGACAACGAUAAUGCAUCUGAUACUGGUUCAGACUUGUCUGGAGGUGAUGUUACAACCAAAAGGGUCAAGGACAAUAGUAAUGGAAAGGUGGGCAGGGAGAAAGACCGGACUGAAGUUCAGCUGUUGAAAUCAUCUCAGGACCACGAACCCGAAAAUCGAAGGACACCCCGGCAAGUGAAGACCCCUGUGGAGGAAAUGUACAUAAGACCUGACUCUCCGACUCUACCACGUGCCCACAGCUCCCUCUCUCAAUUUUCCCUGGCUCGGAACCUGGCCAUCCUCCCGCUGGAGUGGCAGCUACCCGGAGUCCCUCUGCCCACCUCGUCUAUGGCAACUAGGACAGAGAGAACCCCAUCCUCUACCAACACUUCGACACAUGCGCAGAUGGAAACACAGACAUCAGAUAUGAACACAGACACACAGACCACUUCUACCUCUCAGAGCCAGAUCUCCAUGGUCUCAUCGGAGACCAUGAUAGAUCUUCACACGUCAGACUCCAUUACCCAGACCUCCACUCUUGACAUGGCACUGACCCCUGAGAGCACUAAGGGCAUGAUCACUACUGAUGAGGAUGUGAAGGAUGACUCUGCUAAAGAUUUGAUCUCCACCCUAACAGACACCUCUAUGGAGAAAUCCAUCAGUGAGACCAGCCUGAAAGACCUCAUCGCUGAGUAUGAAGAUGACAAUGAGCUGAAGGAUAUGGCUGCCUCCGCUACCCCUGCUACUGAUAAUGCCAAUGAGGAUGCAAUGCUGCUGGAGAUUGCAGCACUUUUUGACUGAUUACAUGUUGACAGUGAAGACCGAGCUGCCUCAGCAUCUCUGAAGAGCCAAUAGACCUAAUGAACAUUUCAAUGUAGCAAAAGCUAUACUUUGAUCAAUUAAUAAAACAUUUUUUCUGCAGCAAA